AUUUCCGGCAAGCCGGAAUUUGCCGAAGUACUGUGGGUAUCUCCCCGUGGUCACGUCAACGCCAUCUUAAAAUUAUUGAGAGAGAUGCCAAUGCACAGAGAUAAAGAUAUGAACCGAAAUAAUUCAAAUGAAGCUGGAAAAUUGUUUAUUGGAGGAUUGAGUUGGGAUACAGAUCAAGAUAGUUUAUUGAACUACUUCAGUCAGUUUGGAGAAGUAUGUGAUUGUGUUGUUAUGAAAAAUCCCCAGACUGGUAAAUCAAGAGGAUUUGGUUUCGUCACAUUUAAAGAUCCAAACUGUGUGGACACCGUCCUUUCAACUCAACAUUCCAUUGAUGGAAGACAGGUAGAUGCCAAGGCUUGCAAUCCAAAAGGAGCUCAAAAGUCUUUUCAACAGGCACCAAGAACUAACAAAAACUUAGACAACCAUCCGAAGAUAUUCAUGGGAGGUCUGCCAAAUGUGGAUGCUGAAUACCUGACUAACUACUUCAGUAAAUAUGGCAAGGUGCUUGAUGUCAAUGUUGUGGUAGAUCAAGAAACCAAAAAGUCAAAAGGAUUUGGAUUUUUGACAUUUGAGUCAGAAGAUAGCGUAGACGCCGUGUGCAGUGAGCACUAUGUGGUUAUCAGUAAUAAGAAGGUUGAAUGUAAAAGGGCAGAACCCAGGAAUGGAAAACAGCAUCAAGAGGCCAUUACGGCUAUUCAACAGAUGAUAACUGGAGUUGGUACCCAACCGACACCAGAGACAUGGCAAGAGGCUGCUACACAGUGGACCCAGCAACAGCAACAGGCCCAACAGCAAGGUGGACCACCAGGAUAUGGCCCUAAUGGUGCAGGAUAUCAACCUGGGUAUGGGGCACCUCCACAAGGACCACCACAUCAGCAACCAUAUGGACAGGCCCCUGGUUACCAAGGUUAUGGACAGCCACAAGGAGGUCCUGGCUGGGGUCAACAACCUCAGCAAGGAGGAUGGCCCCCUCAGAAUCCCCCUACAGUGGCAGCAGCACCGACCCAACCACCUGCCCCUGUUCAGAGUUCCGUUGGUUAUCAAGGAUACCAGCAACAAAGUUAUCAGCAGGGAGGUGCUAAUCCAUAUGGUUCAUGGCCAGCUACAUCACAGCCUGGCCAUGCUCCUGCAGCAGGACAACCUGGGGCACCAGGACAGCCCCCAUCAAGCCAGGCACCAUAUGGUGGAGGAUAUGGACAAGCACCAGCAGGAGCACCAUCGUCUCAGGCAUACUCAGCUCCUGGGGGACAGGCACCACACCCUACAUCUCCCCAGACUGGGGCACCUCCAAGACAUUAUGGAGAUUAUAGUUCUCCACAGCCAGGUCAGCCAGCUUCAGCUCCUGGGGCCCCAGGCUACAGUAGCUAUGGUUCAUACGGUGGACCACAGACACCAGGGGCAGAUCCUUAUGGCCAGCCCCAACCAGGGUCACAACCCCCUCAUGGUUCAGCACCAGGAUAUGGACACCCUGCUGGUGGUCCACCUUCAGAUCCAGGACAGCCUAAGCCUGCUGAUUAUAGUGGAUAUGGGUCUUCUUAUGGUGGAUACGGCGACGCAGGAAAUUAUGGAGCACCACAGUCUGCCCCAGGAUAUGGACCUCCAGCAGGUGACAACCCUCACGGAGGGUAUGGAAGCCCACCAGGUGGUGGAUACCAGAGAUCAGGCCCACCAUCAUCAGCUCCAUCAUACCAUCCAUACAGACGAUAAUCUCAAUAAAACAAUCAAUGUUGUAAAUAAUUUUUAUCAUGUCUGCAUCAGACUUUUUUAUCAUGGUUGGACAUUAAUGUCAAAUUUUCAUGAAAUCAAAAUGUCAUAGACGUUAAUCAUUACAGAUGGUUUUAAAUGGUUUUAAAAUCAUUGGUAGGAGUAUUGAAAUAUAAUUGUUGUUAAGUAAUGUUGCGCACAAUAUAGAAUGACAUAUGUGUCCUAUCACAAUAUAGAAUGACAUAUGUGUCCUAUCACAAUAUAGAAUGACAUAUGUGUCCUAUCGACAGUAAUAGACAAACGUCUAUCUUCAUGUUAUCAAAUGUAUAUGUGAAUUUCAUUGUAUAUGGUAUCUGUAUUCUUUUUUUUAAUUGACAUCUAACAUGAAACUGGCAGCUAUGUUUUAAAGAAAGAACUUGUUUUGAAAAGUAAGACCUCUUUUUACAAUAGUAACUUUUUAAGGGUAGGAAUGCAUAUUUUUCUUGCAAUAAUUAAACACAGAAAGUAAGGGAAAUUUGAUAAAUUCAACAUGGUUGUUAUUGCACAGAUAUGCCAAACAAAUACAUAUUAAGUAACCAAUAAGACAGGUGCACAGAUAUCUGUGCUUUAAUUCCAAUUUUGUUUGAAUCAUUUAAAUUUGACAAAAUAAAGUAAAAUAUCAAAACUGAGAAAAUUUUAAUAUUUAUUUGUCAUGGAUCUAAAAAUGUCAAUUGUUUAAUUACAAUGUUCAAAUCUGUAUGACUUGGGCGUAUUAAAAUUAUAAACAUUUA